AUGAGAAGUAAGAACACAACUUCUCAUUCAAUUAAAAGACAAAAACAAAUUGAUUAUUACAAUAAUAUUCAUAAUAAUAAUAAUAAUAAUAAUAAUAAUAAUAAUAAUAAUAAUAAUAAUAAUAAUAAUAAUAAUAAUGUUUGUAAUGAUUCAAAUGAUUCUAACCCUGCUUCAAUUCAAAAAAAGAUUAUUCAAUCACAAAAACAAAAACCAACUGAUAAUACAGAUAUUGACAAAAUAAAGAAAAAAUUAUCUUUAAAUGAUCAAAUGAAUCAAAACAUUUUCAAAGAUAUAAAAUACAUUAAAUUGGAUUCUUUGAUUCAUGAUUAA